CAGAAAAAAAAGACUUACGCAACAUCUGGAUUUAGAUGCAGAUUUUUAGUAGACUUUGCUCUUGCUGAGCCUGUGAUUGAACAGCGUAGGGUAGGCAGGCUCUGACUCUGUUCCAGGUUUCUCGCCCAUGAGAUCAGAAUGGAUCACAAACCCCUGCGUUUAAUUGCAGCAGCUGAUAGUAAUAUGGGAAUCGGCAUUUCUGGAAAUUUGCCCUGGCUCCUACCGAAUGAAUUUAGUUACUUUCUUUCGAAGAUAACUACAGUCUCUGAUCCAGGCAAGAAGAAUUUUGUCAUCUAUGGUAAAGGAAGUGCCAUCAAGGGCAAUUUAUCUUUGCCAAACUGCUAUUGUGUUGUUUUAAGCAGAACAUUGAGUUCGGUGCCUGAGAAUGCAGACUAUCUCUGCCGAGACCUUCCCAGUGCUAUUCAACUUGCUUCAGAGCCACCUCUAAAUGAAGAGAUUGAAAUUCUAUGGGUCAUAGGUGGUGUCAAACCCUUUGAGGAGGCCAUGAAGCAUCCAAACUGCGAUCAGAUCUACCUCACAAAUAUCAUGGCUGAAUUCAACUGUGACACCUUCUUCCCAAAGUUUGACCAGGACACGUUUAAGCUGCUUGAUGAGUUUCCUGGAGUUCCAAGUGAAAUCCAAGAGGAAAAUGGCAUCAAAUACAAAUUCCAAGUCUUUCAAAAAGUUUGCAAAGAAUAAAUCUCAAUAUUAAACUUUG